AUGCUUCACUCUUCACUUCGCUCCAUAGUGGCUGGAGUCCUCGCUGCCACUUCAACUGUCUACGCUCUCCCACAAUCAAACUCAGGAUCAGGUUCUGGUUCAAGUUCGACAGCAUGCAACAACUCUCCCGAUCUUUGCGACCGUAACUACAACAACAUUACGCAUCUCGGCGCUCACGGAAGCUCCUUUCUAAGAGACGGUAACGAUGGUCUCUCAGCCGCAGGAAACCAAAACUUCAACGCUACAGAUGCUCUUGACGCUGGUCUUCGUCUCCUUCAGGCUCAAGUCCACAAGGAAAACAACGCUCUACACCUAUGUCACACCUCUUGUGAUAUUCUCGACGCUGGAACGCUUGAGAAUUGGUUGAGCAAGAUUAAUGCAUGGAUGGAGGCCAACGCCAACGAGGUCGUUACUAUUCUGCUAGUCAACUCUGACAGUGCCAGCGCCAAUGAGUUUGGCAAGGCUAUCAACGGUUCUGGCAUUGCUGAACUGGCUUAUGCACCAUCCAGCCAGAACGCCACUACCGAGUGGCCAACUCUCAAGUCCAUGAUUGAUGCCAAGACGCGCCUGGUUACCUUUGUUACCAACAUCGACGCUUCGACACAGUACCCCUACUUGAUGCCCGAGUUCGACUACGUCUUCGAGACAGCUUUCGAGGUUCCGGAACUGAACGCUUUCAACUGCACCGUUGACCGUCCUUCCAAGAUCUCCGACGGCGCUUCAGCUCUGUCCAAUGGCAUGAUGAGUCUGGUCAACCACUUCAAGUACCAGAGCCUCGCCACCAACAGCGAUCUUUUCAUCCCUGAUACCGAGAACAUCGACACAGUGAACAGCGACGGUACUACCACAGACGGCGAGCUGGGCAAGCACCUCCAGGAGUGCCGACAGGAGUGGGGUGCUGCCCCCAACUUUGUCCUUGUCGAUUUCUUCGAGAAGGGCCAGGUCCUUGCUGCGACAGACAAGAUGAACGGUGUCUCUGACGCUACCGGCCGUGAGGAGGUCUCAUCAGAUGAGUCUCUGGGCAGCACCAACGACAGACAAGUCGGUAUGGUUGCCUUGACAGCCUUUGUCGCUGCCGCUGUACUCCUGGUGUAA